CAGACAAGGCAGCUGCAGCAGAGUCUUAGGUGCAUCUCCAAGCAUCUGCACUUAGCAAGUCCUGCCCUGACCUCGCAUGGACUCCGACGCCAGCCUGGGCUCCAGCCGAGCCUCCUCCCCAGAGGUAGAUGACAUUUUCCUGCACUCCCGGAAAGGAGGGGGUUUCUCGGGCACCGUGUCCUCCUCCACCAUGAGCGACUCCCCGCCCGAGCUGAGCGCCGAGCUCCGCAAUGCUAUGGCCAUGGCCGCGGCGGCCGGUGAUAAGCUCGGUGCCUUCAAAGCGGCGGCAGCAGCAGCAGCUGCAGCGGCCGCAAAGAAGGACAAGAAGCAGAUGAGCGAGCCCGAGCUGCAGCAGCUGAGGCUGAAGAUCAACAGCCGCGAGCGCAAGAGGAUGCACGACCUGAACAUCGCCAUGGACGGCCUCAGGGAGGUCAUGCCCUAUGCCCAUGGACCUUCCGUGCGCAAACUCUCCAAGAUCGCCACCCUGCUGUUGGCCCGCAACUACAUCCUCAUGCUCACCAACUCCUUGGAGGAGAUGAAGCGACUGGUCAGCGAGAUCUACGGUGGGCACCAUCACCACCACGCUGCAGCCGCAGCAGCUGCAGCUGCCGCAGCUUACCAUCCAUCAGCGUGCGGGGGGAUCAGCCACGGAGCCCCUCUGUCUGGACACCCAGUGGGGCACCCCGUGCACCACCCUUUACUGCCAUCCACUGCCUCUCUUACAGCUUCAGGCAUCACAGCGGUGAGGGCAGCUCCUCCACCUCCUCCUCCACCACCACCCAGCUCCUCACAUCCAACUUCUCAUGGGCUCCUCAAGUCACCCAGCCCAGGCUCUGGCCCUUUGGGUGGUGGCUUUCCACACUGGAGUGGCAUGCCCUGCCCUUGUAGCAUGUGUCAGGUCCCUUCUGCAGCCCAUCAUCAUGUGAGUGGGGCCAGCUUGUCCAGGCUGAGCACAGACUCAAAGUGACUGCAUCUGCCCUGGAGGGGACCAGAGCUACCCCUGUAUACCGAUAGGUGAUGGUGGCUUUCAGCAAUGUCAGUCCCUGGGACAGAGAGGGAGGGGAUGCUGUGAGUUCUGAUGCCUUUCAGCGACCCAGCACACCAGCCCUGCAAGAUCUGACCAGACUUCUGGGACACUUAAAGGAGAUAUUGCUUUGCUUUGCUGGGCUGGGAUGUUGGUCCUACUAAAAAGUUGUGUAGGUGGAAGGUGUCCUGAUUCCUUGUUUUGCAAUGGGGGGCAUCUGGGGCAGUUUUGGACCUGCAAAGUUCUGACCCAGAAAACAAAUGGAACAAGAGAUCACAUCUUAAUUAACCUUAUUUUGUGCGUUUUAGGCAUUUAACUUUGCUAUAUAUAUCCUGAGCCUUCAUUAACAGACUUUUCUAGAACUAGAAGGACCUCAGGUGAGUCUCACCGUAAGGACUAGGGAACUCCAUAUUCUCUGCUCAGCUGCCCUCAUGUUUGGUUAGUGCAUUAAGUGGGCAAUUUUCCACGAGUGACGGGCUUUGCAAUUCACAGCAGCCAUUUAGCCGGCCUUGGUCUAAUAGGGGCAUUUGUCGACAAAUGAUAUCACAAAGUACUGUUAUUGCUACAAUGCUGCAAAUGUAUUUCAUCACUUUCAAUGAUUUCAGAUUUGAGACACCGAAUGACAAAACAUCUC